ACGCGGGGCGGGCGUUGAGCGAGCGGCCUCGGGGGGCUCCCGCCCGCGCUGGGAGCCCCCCCGGGGCAGGGGAGCCGGGCCCGGGUCGCUGGCCUGUUCGUGUCCGUGUCCAGCAAAAGCCCGGAGUCCGUCCGGGGCCGGGGGCCGGGCGGCAGCGAGUGUUGUAUUCCCCGCGGCCUGCCGCCUCCUCGCGGGCGGUCCCGGUGCCCGGGGCAGGCCGGGGUCGUGUAUUAAGCCGCCCUCCCCUAGGCCCGUGCUGCUGGGAGCAGCGACCGACACGAAAAGAUGACCUUCAAUGCUGAGGAAGCCCACAACAUCGUUAAGGAGUGCAUAGAAGGGAUUUUGGGCAAGGUAGAUUACAAUCACAACAAAGUCAAUCAGUGGACUGCAACUAUAGUGGAGCAAUCUUUAACACAUCUGGUAAAACUAGGAAAAACAUACAAAUACAUUGUAACCUGUGCAGUAAUGCAGAAGAGUGGAGCUGGUCUCCACACAGCAAGCUCGUGCUUUUGGGACACCACAACUGAUGGUACCUGCACAGUGAGAUGGGAAAACCGGACUAUGAACUGCAUUGUCAAUGUUUUUGCCAUUGCUGUUGUCCUGUAGCUGACUGGAGUACAAAUAUUAAGUUACACCAAAGCCUUUAAGAUCAGAAAGUAUCAAAAUCUCAAAGCAUAUUGCCAUUAUAUAAUACUGUUUCUGCACUAAAGAAAAAGGUAUGAACAUGCUGUGAAGUCCACUACACAAAGUGUACAUUCUGAGCAAAUUCUUUCAAUUUAACUUGUGACAGCUGGCUUUUCUUUAGCAAAUUUUAGCAAUUUAAAUAUUCCAGAUUGAUGAUAUGUUAAACUGGAGAUGCCAUGAUAUUAGAGAUCAAAUGAAAAUAUGGAUAUUUGGGUCAAAAGAUUACAUCUGUAAUUCAAGUGAAGGUGUGACUAGCACAGGUAGGCAUACCCAUGCUUGCCUUAAUCUAGGCAGCACAAUAGUAUAGAUGUGACUGCACUGGCUAGCUGCCUAAAUACAAACCCAUGAGUGAUCCCGGGUAUGUGCUCAGGUUGCUAGCCAAUACAGAAACCUGUGCCACCAUGUCUACACUAUUGUUAUCCGUACUAGCUAGAUUAAAAAAAACAACACAGGCAUGCCUUCCCACACUACAAUAACGCCUUCACCUGCAGUGUAGCCGUAGGCAAACUGACACUUUACUCACAGAGAGAUGGAGUAAUCUAAUCAGCAGAAGGGAGAUGAAAGGAUACAAGUAUUAAGAAACAGCCAGAUUAAAAUGCAGUUGGGAACAUACUAGGAAUUUAUUACAUUUACAACAUUCCUUGUGUUGAAUGAUAAGUAUGAGUGCCUCAUAUCUGAUUAAACAAGGCGAUUUCUAUAUUAUGCAUGGAUGCUGUAUGAACACCACAGUUACUUGAUCAAGCGUAAAAAGCCCAAACAACUUAUACAUUUAUGCUUUUCUGCUUGGGGAACAAAAUGACUUCAUCAUGCCAAAGCAUUUAUUUCUUCAGUGGACUCUUGUUCUUUUAAAGGGUAUGAUCUUUUUUCAAAUACCAUUUGGAACAUUGUCAUUGAAUUAAGUGGAAACAUGAUUGGGUGCAUUGUUCAUAUUAGCACUCAAUGCAUAUUGCUUAAGAAGAAUUCACCAAAUUAUAAAACUAGUUUAAUCUGACCUAACAUGAUUGGUUCAGUGACUAGAAGAAUGUAGGAAAAUUCAUGACGUGAGCACCUUGCACAUUCCUGAUCCAGUUUAAGUAGGUGUCUUUCCUAACAAAGGACCCAAUUCUACACCCGUUGACCUCAGUAGAAUUAGAGUUGGGCCUUGCUUUAAAUAACUUUGAGUAGUCAAUCCUGUAGAGCUAAAUAAAUGAGUUUGUGUAGGUACGAGAUGCCCACGUUUUUAAAAGAGCCUUAUUCUCUCUAAGCACAAAUACAUGAUACAGAACAUAUCCUUAUAUUAUAUUUAUAAAGUAUUGCCUAUACUCCAAGUCUAAAAUUGUGUAAUAACUAUGGAGUAAUAAGUAUAAAAUAGUUAAAAAUUAGUGACAUAGCUAAGGCCUCCAUCUUGCAGACAUUCACACACAUGCUCAGUUCACUGAUCUGAGCAAUCCUAUUGACUUACAUGAGACAUUCACAGGAUUCAUAAAAUUAUUUGCGAAUGUAAGCAAUUGCAGGAUUGGGGCCUAUAUUUUAGUCAAUGCAUAAAUUAUGUAAAUUUUCAAGUAUUUGUACUGAUUAUAAAAAGAUCUAAGUUGUUACUGCCACUGAGUGGCAGCCAUUUUAAGUUCUGGCAUAUCUCAAACAACACUUAAAGAUUUUUUUCUUAUUUACUACCUAUUCUAAAGAUAUUCAGUAACUAUCUAAUAGUUGCGGUAAAUCUGCUUUGCAUUUUAACAUGGACUUUGAAAGCACUGCUUCAAUUUUAUGCAAUUCUGAUUUAUUUAUUUUUAAUUAUUUUUCACAGUCACUCUGAUUUGGUCAAAUGGCAAAUACGUCCUAAAAAAAAAAAAAAAAAGUUAUAACAACCCUGGUUCUUCAAACUGUAUUGGAAAUUGCUACAAGGCUCCAAAAGUUAGAACCUACAUACAUCUAGAAUACACAAUGCUAAUUCAAAAUCCAAUGCUUGGCAGGCAUAAAUAAAAUAGAAUUCAGCCUUUAUAUGAGCACAAAUAGAGUUAAGCGCUAGAAUAUUGCAUUUGUCUAGGAGGCAGGUAUAGUAUGAAAACAUUUGCAUGGUGCACUGAAUUUCAGAUAUAUAAUAAAGUAAAUUAAGAAAGAUUAUUUGGUUUAGGGCAAGAUGUGGAUGGGUAAAAACAUUGGGAUAGCUUCUAUCCCAUUAAUGUUAUAAGCUGUAGCUGCCAUGACUGGAAUAAUAUUCCUAAUAGCCAUUAACUUUGUUAGUCUUUUUAUCUUCAAAUACAGCAAAGAUACGAAGUGUUAUCUUAUUCGGUGUAACUAGGUUUGGUGGAGUUCCACUAUGGAAAAGCUCACUAAACAAUUUUAAAAUAUUGAUUGUUGUAAAGUUACUUCAUUUUGUUUCUACCAAAAAUAAAGAUGGUUUGCCUUGGCUGCAUUUACCUUUGGUAGGAUCAGAUCAUCAUAGAUAGCAGCUUACUACUAUACUUCUUCCUCCAUCUUGUAUUGUUUUAUAAAUAAAGCAUGUUAUUACAGGUGCAGAGAUAUUUUGGAAACUAUGGAUCUGUCCUGGCAAGUGUCCCAAAAUUCAGGGAGUAGUGCCGAUUUCUCAUAUCCCUCCCCAACAUUACAUUCAUCCUCUUACUGCCUUCCAUACUAUUUUACAAGAUAACCUUUAUUGGAUCAAAAAAUUACGUUCAUUACAGAAACUUCAGGACCAGAGCACUUUAUUCUACAUUGUUUAAUUUUUGACCUAUUAGAAGACAUUUCUCAAAUCCAUUUUUUUCACAUUGGCCAGUAUCAGAUGCUUCUGAGCCAGGUGCAAAAAAAUCCUGUGAUAGAAAAUUCUGAAAUAACAUGCCCACAAAAAGUUUUUAUUACUCUUGAUCAGUUAGGGCUUGUCUGCACAGUGGAGUAAUGCAAAUUACCAGGGUGUGAUUUGUAAAACAUACUGAUGUGUAUUGCACAUCAGUUGGUCCAUGUAGACCCUGCUGGUGCACACUAAAGGUUCCCUCAGGCUCUUUACCAUAGUACUGUAUGAAAUCAUACUAUAUAAACCACAUGAGGGAACCUUUAGCAUGCACCAGCAGGGUCUACAAAGACCAAUUAAUGUGCAUUAUAUUCAUACACUUUAGAAAUCACUCGCCUAUAGUUCCCAUUACAGUUCUGUGUAGACAAGCCCUUAGCUUUAUGCCCUGAAGCACAAAGGUUUAUAUACACUGUAAAAAAAAAAAAAAAAAUCAAAGUUUUAAAGUAAUUGUCCUUUUUUGAAUCCUACAUGACUCUUAACCUUUAUCUUAUCUUAACCUAUCUGUAGGUUUAUACAUAUAGUGUAAGAGGGCAACAAAACUAGGCUAAAUAGACAUUUAAAAAAACCAAAUCCCUAUAUCUCCUGUCCCAAAGAGCUUACGUGAACUAUCUAUAAAAAAGUAAUGAUAAAGUGGGGAGGAGGGAGAAGUAAUAGGCUUAAACAGUUGCUGUGCUUAGUAAUGCACACAGUUUUAAUUUUUAUUUCCUUCUACUUACAUUUAUUUCCUUCUACUUACAUUACAUUAUAAAUAAUAAGAGGAUGCGUUACUAACCACAACCACCAUAAGCCUGUUACUGUAACCAGUUUCCUCCUAUCCUUCCGCCCACUCCCCUCUAUAUCAUCCCUGGUUUAUAUUUAGAUCACAUUAGUUCUGUGGGGAAGAGGCCAAGCUUUUUGUUUUGUUCGUUUAUUUUUAACUGCCUGAGAGGCCUAACCCAAAAGGAAAGUUUAGACAAAAAAAACAAAAAACUUCAGGCAUUUAUUUACAGCUAGCAUUUGACAUUGCUUUGUGUAGUCAGUUUCACUUCCUACCAUCACACACAGUCACAGUGAGCUUACACUCAUGUUAUAUUCUGGGAGCACAAGACACUUCCAUCCAUUCAGUGAGCGUGUAGUACCCCAACAUGCCUAUCACCACUGGAUCCCUCCAUCUAGACAGGAGAAGAAGUGGCCUAGCAAGACAGACCACUUACCCGUGAUGGUUCUGGGGGACUAGGCUUGUGGGUCAUCACUCCCUAGACUUCUAUGGGGUGAGGUGCACUGGAGGCUGGUGGAGGGCUCAUCCUGGUUCCAUAGUGGAGUGGGGAAAGCAGCCCUCUGGAUUCUGGUCAUCUCUUCCUAGGAUCAUCCAAAAGCCUGGUAGCAAGUCUCCCGUACUUGUCCAUGGCAGCUACUUUUGAAUCUGCUUGAAAGCUGCAUUUCAGUUUCCAAUGCCUUUUGAACUUGUAUUUAGGAAAUUUCAUGGCUACUUCAGUGUGACAUAAAAUAGUUUAAAAAUUCACAGUGAACCCUGAAAGCUAACUGAUCAACAGGCAGGGUAUUAGCAUAAGCUAUGAAGCAAGCCACAAACCUGCUGCUCUUGGCAAAGGACCAUUAAGAUGCAUGCACGUGUGAGGAGGCAGGAAUAAUAAUAAGAAUUCAGACAGCCGCAGUCCAUUUGAGAUGAUCUUUUAACCAUAGAGCAUUAGGGUAGCUUAGAAUCCAUAGCUACUUGACCUCUUGGUGCAACAUCCUAUCCCCCAGACAAACAAAUGAGUCAAAACAAUUAAAAAACUCUAACCUCAGUGGAAGCUGGUGAAACAGAUCAACUGGUUUGUAGGAGCAAGGUUGCGGAAGAUUGGCGAGGAGCUAAGUGGUGCAUUGAGUAUGUGACUGGAUGUAAACGGAGGAUGCAGGCAGUUUCAAUGAACUUUGUCUGACAGACCCUGCCAAAAGACAUUGUAGUAUAGCUCAGCAUAUUUUUGUCUGUAAACGAGUCAGUUUAUGUAAUAAGCAUAAAUUAUAUAUAUAUAAGAAUGUAACCAGCUGUUGACCCCAUGUAACCCCGAGAUAAGCGCGGAGAAUAUAGCGCUGCAGAGGACUCCCCUCCGGCAGAGUCCUGCCUGGUCAGCUGUCCCGAACGGCCAGAGUCCCCUGCAGCUCCUCCGUGUGACCUAGGGGCUCCCCGUGCAGAUUGGAGCGUUAGUUCUUCCUUCCUUCAAUAAAGCAUAGUUUACUAUU